AUGGGAAGAGUAGAGAUGGACGCCGAAAACACGUGCUGGAUUGAACUUCGACACGUUGAGUGGCGCACGUGGACACUUACGAAGAACGAACGCUGUGAUGAUAAGCGACAGUGUACCGUGAACAAAGCGACGUCCUACGACAAAACCGAUCGCUGGGCGCGUGAUGCACCGACGUCGGCUCGGACUCCCGUUUUUCCGCCGACGGAGGCGCGCCGACGCCCCCGAUUCCACAACUACCACUGCCCACCGUACCGUUACACAGCGAUUCCGGACGACGGAACAACUCUCAAAAGUAGAGCUAUUGAGUGA